CCUCUGGACUUCCCGGGACCGCCCGCUCAUGCCCUCCCCGCGCCCGGCGCUUCUUAGAGCUGCUGGUGCCGCUCUGCUGCUGUCGCUGCCACCCCGCCUGGUGCCCCGGCCCCAGCCCCGGCCUCCGAUCGCGGCCCGCCGGCCCCUCAGCACGCCCUCCGGUCCCCGGUUGUCCAUCUCCGCCGCCGCCUCCCGGAGCAGCAUGGACGGCGCCGGAGCUGAAGAGGUGCUGGCACCUCUCAGACUGGCCGUGCGCCAGCAGGGAGAUCUUGUCCGGAAGUUGAAAGAGGACAAAGCACCCCAAGUAGAUGUAGACAAGGCAGUAGCUGAGCUCAAAGCCCGGAAGAGGAUUCUGGAAGCCAAGGAGCUGGCCUUGCAACCCAAAGAUGACAUCGUAGACAGGGGCAAAAUGGAGGACACCCUGAAAAGGAGAUUUUUCUACGAUCAAGCUUUUGCUAUCUAUGGAGGGGUGAGCGGUCUGUAUGAUUUUGGGCCAGUUGGAUGUGCUUUGAAGAACAACAUCAUUCAGACGUGGAGGCAGCACUUCAUCCACGAGGAACAGAUCCUGGAGAUCGACUGUACCAUGCUCACUCCGGAGCCAGUUUUAAAGACCUCUGGCCACGUGGACAAAUUUGCUGACUUCAUGGUGAAAGACGUGAAAAAUGGGGAGUGCUUUCGUGCCGACCAUCUGCUGCAAGCUCAUCUGCAGAAGCUGAUGUCUGAUAAGAAGUGCUCUGCUGAGAAGAAAUCAGAGAUGGAAAGUGUUUUGGCCCAGCUGGAUAACUACGGACAGCAAGAGCUGGGGGAUCUUUUUGUCAACUACAACGUAAAGUCCCCCAUUACCGGAAAUGACCUCUCUGCUCCAGUACCUUUUAACUUAAUGUUCAAGACCUUCAUUGGGCCCGGAGGGAACAUGCCAGGGUAUUUGAGACCAGAAACUGCACAGGGGAUUUUCCUGAAUUUCAAGCGCCUUUUGGAAUUCAACCAGGGAAAGUUACCUUUUGCUGCUGCCCAGAUUGGAAAUUCCUUUAGAAACGAAAUCUCACCUCGAUCCGGGCUGAUCAGAGUCAGAGAGUUCACCAUGGCAGAGAUUGAACACUUUGUAGACCCCAGUGAAAAGGACCACCCCAAGUUCCAGAGUGUGGCUGACCUCCACCUCAAUUUGUAUUCAGCAAAAGCCCAGAUCAGCGGCCAGUCUGCUCAGAAAAUGCGCCUGGGAGAUGCUGUUGAACAGGGUGUGAUUAACAACUCCGUAUUAGGCUAUUUCAUUGGCCGCAUCUACCUCUACCUCACGAAGGUCGGAGUGUCUCCAGAGAAACUCCGCUUCCGCCAGCACAUGGAGAACGAGAUGGCCCAUUAUGCCUGUGACUGCUGGGAUGCUGAAUCUAAGACAUCCUACGGCUGGAUUGAGAUCGUGGGAUGUGCCGAUCGCUCCUGCUACGAUCUUAGCUGCCAUGCCAGAGCCACCAAAGUUCCACUUGUAGCAGAGAAACCGCUAAAAGAACCCAAAACAGUCAAUGUUGUUCAGUUUGAGCCCAACAAGGGAGCCAUCGGGAAGGCCUACAAGAAGGAGGCCAAGCUGGUGAUGGAGUACCUUGCCGUCUGUGACGAGUGCUGCAUCACAGAGAUGGAGAAGCUCCUGAGGGAGAAGGGGGAAUUUAAUGUAGAAACUGAAGGAAAAACAUUUCAGUUAACAAACGACAUGGUCAGUGUGAAGAGAUUCCAGAAAACACUACAUGUGGAAGAAGUUGUUCCGAAUGUAAUCGAGCCCUCCUUUGGCCUGGGCAGGAUCAUGUACACGGUAUUCGAGCACACGUUCCACGUACGCGAGGGGGACGAGCAAAGGACGUUCUUCAGCUUCCCUGCUAUAGUAGCGCCGUUCAAAUGCUCCGUCCUUCCGUUGAGCCAGAACCAGGAGUUCGUGCCCUUCGUCAAGGAAUUAUCGGAGGCACUGACCAGGAACGGGGUCUCUCACAAGGUGGAUGAUUCCUCGGGGUCCAUCGGGAGACGCUACGCCAGGACUGAUGAGAUCGGUGUAGCUUUCGGCAUCACCAUCGACUUUGACACCGUGAACAGAACCCCUCACACCGCCACGCUGAGGGACCGAGACUCCAUGCGGCAGAUCCGGGCGGAGAUCUCUGAACUCCCCGAGGUCAUCUGCAGCCUGGCCAAUGGCAGCAUCACAUGGGCAGAUGUGGAGGCUAGGUAUCCUCUGUUUGAAGGGCAAGAGACUGGCAAAAAGGAGACCAUGGAGGAGUGAGGACGCUGUUGGGGACUUCGGACCAUUUGUGCUAGUAAAAUAAAAUAACUCCUACCAUGCCUCCUGUUCAGAACCCAGCGUUGUGAGCGCACCAGGGGCUGUGUGUUACUCUCCGUGGCCGCUCCAGUCGGCCUUCCCAUGUAAGACCCGCCAUUAAAGCGGAAGGAACUCUGAA